AUGUUGAAGCAAACAGAAGUAGGAAAAGCAACUCGAAGGAAAUACCCAAAGGUAGAGGAUAAGAAAAGGAAGAGUGAUGACAGCAGAAACAAGAAAAGAUUUAGCAGGACAAAAGCAGCGACAAACGAAGGGAAUACAUUCAGAUACGAGGCAGAAAUUCAAGAAAACACUGCGAUUGAAAGAAAUGCCUCAGAAAUUUACAGUUUCCCCGGAGAAAAGCAUGUUAAUGAAAUGCAAGGUGAAGGAGAGCUAAAAGUUGCGAGAUGCGACUUUCGAAAGCUAAGAAGUUUUGACAAGGAAAGCAUUGAUGACUCUCUCAGCAUGAUAUCUUUAAAUUCUCGACCAACGUCAGCCGUUACUGAUUUUGCAGAGGAAGUGAAACUUGAAAGUGAUGAAGAAUUUUCAAGUUUAGAGAAAUUAAACGAAAACGAUCAAUUUCUGAUGCGGAAGAUUUCAAAUGAGAGCAAUUCGAGUGAUUUGGAAAUUUCAGUUGACAAAGGGUCGCCAAGGAUACAAGGCAUUGAAAAUCGAGAAGAAAGUGAUUUGGUUGACGAGGAAACGGAGAAAGACAAUUCCAGGAACACAAUUGCUAUUCUUCCCUUAGAAGAAGUAGAGAUAAUAGAAGAGAAAGAAAAUAAAAAAACCAAUGUUAAAUCUGCAUGGGAAUUGAAUGAAAAAUUCCUUUUAACCGCAGACUUUCCAGCCAGAAUUUGGGAAGAGAAGAUCAAUGGAAAAGCAAUGAAUGCCAGAAGGAAGUCAUCUGAACUAUUUAAUGCAAGUUUUCCUCCAUUAUCUUCAGUCCCUGAAUUACGAAGAGGCUCAUAUCCUAUUUCAUCUAUGAUGUCCUCAGGUUCACCACGUGAGCUUCCAUUACUAUCAGGAAGACAAUGCAAAGUUAAACUUCCCACGCAUUUCCCAGGGGUGCCCUCCCCUGAAGUCGAAGGUGAUUCCGAAAUCAAGUCUUCGGAUGAUGAGGUGUUAAAUGCUUUACUCCUGGAGAAAGGACGCAAGGCAAGAGGAAAUAAUGCAAAAUUACACAAAAAACGAAUUGAUAUUCCCGGAAAACAGGGAAAUAAUUUGACAAUUUCCUCCACUAGGUCAUCUCCCAUUCUAAGUAGAUCGCACUCACCAGUGGCAUCUACAGAAACUCUUGCAAUGAAUGUUGCAUCUACUGAAUACCUCGCUACCCGAGUUGUCACCCAACUAGACUGUGCUUUACAAGAGACUGUCAACGUCAGCGAAGACAGAUCAACAAUUCGCGCAGGUUGUGUGACGCCAAAUUUGAUGCCCCAAAGGUACAGCUCUCUUUCAUUUCGUCCAACCACGAGCAACUAUUUCGGGGGAACAAGCAAUUCACUUACGCUACCCACAGUUCAAGACAAAUGCAGCAAAAGUUUACCAAAUUUGACGGAUAAUAAAACUAAAAGAAUGUUUGUGACAUUCGACAAAGAUCUUCCUCGCGCAAAAGUAGUCGACUUGGAGGGAAAAAGUGACGUCUCACAGAAAUGUCGUCUAAUUAACCGCAGAUUAUCCAGCGAAGACGCAUUAGUAAGGGCCAUGCUCGACAAAAAAAUUCAAAAGAAGGCAAUGGUAAGAAAGUGGGUCGUUUCAUCUUCGCAAAGUACAUUAACUGCAGAGUAA